AUGGAACUUGGCAACGUGACCACUGUCCCCACGUUUGUUCUCCAAGGACUGUCCAACAACCCUCAGGUCCAGGCUGGGCUCUCUGUGCUCUUCCUGGCGGUUUACCUCUUGACCCUCAUGGGGAACCUGACAAUGCUGCUGGUGGUCAGGGCUGAUUCCCACCUCCACACGCCCAUGUACUUCUUCCUGAGUCACCUCUCCUUCCUGGAUGCUUUCUAUUCCUCAGUCAUUGUACCUAAGCUGCUACAGGACCUUCUUUUCAAGUGGAAGACUACAACCCUCCUCGAGUGUUUCACACAGAUCUCCCUGGUCUUCUUUUCUGGGGCCACUGAAGCUUGCCUCCUUUCGGUCAUGGCCUACGACUGGUUCCAGGCUGUGUGCCACCCACUGCUGUAUGUGGUGGCUAUGAACAGAAAGGUCUGUAAUGGCCUGGUGGGAGCAUCCUGGGCCAUAGGAAUGGGGACCAGCCUGGUGAGCACCAUCCUCCCGGCUCAGCAGCACUUCUGUAGCCCCAACCUCGUCUGUAUUUUCACCUAUGAGCUUCCUCCUGUGCUCCUGCUGGCCUGUUCAGACACCUCCGUCAGUGUUGCCUCCAUCCUGACCACCAUGGCGGUCCUGGGCCUUGGCACCCUUGUCCUGUUGCUGGGUUCCUACACCCACAUCAUCAUGACAGCUCUGGGCGCCAACUCCGCCGUGGGCUGGAGCAAGAUUUUCUCCACCUGCUCUUCUCAUUUUCUUGUGGUCACCAUCUUUUACGUUUCAGGAGUAACAAGGUACAUGACUCCUGCAUCAGGCUCAGUCCUGGAGCAAGUGCUCUCCGUGCAGUACAGUGUGGUGACCCCGCUGCUAAACCCCCUCAUCUACAGUCUGAAGAACCGGGAGGUGAAGGCGGCUCUGAGCAAGAUGCUGGCCAGGAGGCCCUGGCUUCCCGUCUAG